AUGUAUUCCGCUACACGCGUGACCAAUUACUACUCGAUUCUGGGAAUAUCUCACAACUCGUCUCUAAAGGACAUCAACAGCGCGUACAAGAAGCUCGCACUGAAGCAUCAUCCGGACAAGCAAGGCACCGGUAAUGCAGAUGUCUCCAACGACGAGUUCCAGAAGAUCCAAGAAGCCAUCGAGACCCUCCGCGAUCCCAUCCGGAAGCAAGAGCACGACGAUAUACUCCGUCGAGCUGGCUACUACUUCCACUCCACCCCGUUUGCCUCUGACGACGAGUACGAAGACUGGCCAGAAGGAUCUUGGAGACCUAUGAGCUGGAAGCGCUACGAGGAUUUCAAAGACCCCAUGGAGCUGUACAGAUACAAGUACGGCAAUAGUGUUCAUAUGGACCCGUUCGCUCCAGAGUCUCUGGUUGAGAAAGCUCGUGUAGAGAUCGAGAUCAGAGUAGGUGAGCAGUUGGAGAGAGAGGCUGCGGCGGCGGCGGCGGCAGCAGCACGGGCUGCGACUGCGGAUGGUAUGGGAAGUGAGAAUGGAGACAAUGACGGUGAGGAGGAUGAAGGGGUUGAUGACGGUGGCGUUUUGUUUAACAAACCUCAGCAUUUUCAGGACAUCCUGGAGUAUCUUCGCAAUCAGGAAGCUGCGAGUACUGAAAAGAGAAGAAUGGCAAUGAGGGUUAAUGUUGAAAAGGAUGAAGAGAGGUUGAGGAAUGAGGAGGAAGAAGAUGAACUCGACCAUGAUGAGAAAGAGUUUGCUCGUGGCUACGGUAAUGAACAUUGCUGGAAAUCUAAGGAGGCUGGGUCCGAUGUCCCCAGAGAGUGGCACGAGAACUUCUAUCACAACGAAGAAGAGACCGUCUACUACGGUGGAGACGAGGAUGAAGGCGAUGAUGAAGACGAUGAGGAGGAGGAGGAUGCCGAUGACAGCGACAACGAUGACGAAAAAGAAGAUGACGAUUAUCGUGGAGAGAGCCAGAAUGAUGAUCCUGAGGAUGAGGAUGAAGACGACGAGCAGCCCCAAGGCCCAGGAGCAGGAGCACCUACUCGACACCACGACAAUUUUUAUGAUGCGGAUCGCUACGAAGAUGAUGGAUAUUAUCAUUCCGAUGAUGAGGACGAUAUUUGCGAGGAUAACGGCAAUAACAAUGGAGCAGAUAUCUACUUCUUUCACUUCUCUCACACUGCGAGCGAGCAGCCUGCCUCGAACUUCUCCGAGAGCACCGAAUACGUGACUGCCGAAUGUGCUAGAGAAUCGGACGCUGAAUCUGUCAUGGAUGAAGCCGGCGGUGUCUGUCUGACUUAUUUAAUGAGCAAUUUGCCCCAACCCUCCGACUCGAGCAUCUUCGACCCUCCUUCCCUCCCCUCUGUCACGCCCUUCCUCCCCUCCCCCGCUAUCAAACCCAACGCCACCGCUAGCAUCGACAAUGGCGACCCGCUCCUCUUCCAUUUCUGCUCUAAACUCAACGGCCCAGCCAGCAGCUACACCAGCCAGGACUUCCUUUUCGAGCUAACUGGCAUGGUCUUCGACGUGUACUGCGGUUGGUUGGAAGGUGUCCGCCUCACGUUCCCGGGGGCGAAGCCGCUCAGCAAGGAGAAGCAAGAUGCCCCGACUUGUCUCCAUCUGGGCGGCUGGGAGAAGAGUUUUGGCCGGGACAAGUGUGACGGGUGCCAGCUUCGGCAGCCACUUUUUAUGCUCACUUGCCCGGGAUGCGGGAUUGAGAAGUGCGCGGGGUGCAGGUUGACCUCUGCUGCUGCUGUUGCUGCUGCGGGUAAGGGGGAGGGGGUGGGGGAUUUGCUGAGGGGAUGGGAUGCUACUGCGCUGGGCUGGUAG